GAGCCAUUAUACAUCCGUACCAAACGCUAGCAGCUAGCAGUCUGUGUGUGUGUGUGUGUUUGAUGAGUGUGGAGGAAAGAGGAGAUGUGGUCCUUUUUCGCCAGGGAUCCUGUCAAAGACUUUGCUUAUGAAAUCCUGCCAGACAGCCAGGAGAAGUCUGGAAUAUGGACUCUUCAUCGGGGGAAGAGGAAGACCAAUGGAGAGCCGGUGUCGGUGUUCGUGUACGAGGUAACACAGGGAACAGAGCAGCAAACCCAGCUGGCCAAGGCUGCCUUCAAGCGUAUGAAGACCCUGCGUCACCCCAACAUCCUGGCUUAUGUUGAUGGAUUGGAGACGGAGAAGAGCCUGUACCUGGUCACUGAGCAGGUGACACCCCUGGCAGUCCACCUGAAGGCCCAGGCAGAGAAGGGUGGAUCUGGGGAGCUGGAGGUCUCCUGGGGACUGCACCAGAUAGUGAAAGCUCUGAGUUUCCUGGUCAACGACUGCCACCUGCUCCAUAACAACUUGGGUGUAUGGUCUGUUUUUGUGGAUCGAGCUGGGGAGUGGAAGCUCGGGGGUUUAGACCAUGUGGUACCUGAGCAGGGUGACCCAACCGGGGUCUCACUCCCUGCUCCCAAGGCUGUUUACCCAGACAUGGAGAAAUAUGACCCACCAGAGAUGCCCAAUAGCAGUGGAGAGAAAUGGGCGGGGGAGGUGUGGAGGCUAGGCUGCCUGAUUUGGGAGGUGUUCAACGGCCCUCUACCUCGCACGUCCUCCCUUCGUUCUCUGGGAAAGAUCCCCAAGGCCCUGGUGCCUCAUUACUGUGAGCUGGUGGGGGCUAACCCCCGAGCUCGGCCCAACCCAGCCCGCUUCCUCCAGAACUCUAGAGCCCCUGGGGGAUUCCUCAGCAACAGCUUUGUGGAGAGCAACCUUUUCCUGGAGGAGAUACAGAUCAAGGAGCCAGCUGAGAAGCAGCAGUUCUUCCAGGAUCUGAGUGACAAUCUGGACUCCUUCCCUGAAGACUUCUGUAAACACAAGGUGCUGCCUCAGCUGCUCACCGCCUUUGAGUUCGGCAAUGCAGGAGCCGUAGUCCUCACACCGCUCUUCAAGGUGGGAAAGUUCCUGUCAGCAGAAGAGUACCAACAGAAGAUCAUUCCUGUUAUCGUGAAGAUGUUUUCCUCCACGGACAGAGCCAUGAGGAUACGACUGCUGCAGCAGAUGGAGCAGUUCAUUCAGUAUCUGAACGAAGCGGCCGUCAAUUCCCAGAUUUUCCCUCACGUUGUUCAUGGCUUCACAGACACCAACCCCGCCAUCAGAGAACAGACUGUUAAGUCUAUGUUGCUGCUGGCUCCCAAGCUGAACGAGACCAACCUGAACCAGGAGCUGAUGCGUCACUUUGCCCGGCUGCAGGCCAGAGACGAACAAGGCCCGAUCCGGUGCAACACCACCGUCUGCCUGGGCAAGAUUGCCUCCUACCUCAACGCUGGGACUCGACAACGUGUUUUGAUUUCCGCUUUUUCUCGAGCUACUAAAGACCCUUUCCCAGCUUCACGCUCCGCUGGUGUACUGGGCUUCGCCGCCACACACAACUACUACAGUGUAACAGAGAUCGCCGCCCGCAUCCUGCCCACCCUCUGUGCCAUUACUGUUGACCCCGAUAAGAGCGUCAGGGACCAGGCAUUCAAAGCCAUUAAGAGUUUCCUUACCAAGCUGGAGACUGUGUCAGAAGACCCCACCAAGCUGGCUGAUAUAGAAAAGGACGUAGCAUCAUGUGCUCAGGCUGCAGGUGCCUCUUCCAGCUGGGCCGGCUGGGCAGUGACCGGUAUGUCCUCGCUAACGUCUAAGCUGAUCCGCAACGCUCCAGGGACAGAGGGGGGUGCAGCAGCCGAGGGCAGUGGGCCCGACAACGACACCAGCCCUACCAGUGGCACAGAUGAAGCACCUGCACCCGGUUCUGAAGAUAAAACUCCACAAGCCUCUCGGACUCACCUCGCUGCCUCUAGUCGUGCCAACCAACCACAGACUCUUGAAGUAGCGGACAAUGAUGACAAGCCAAUGGGAGACCGCUGGGAUGAAGAGGAGGACUGGGGAAGUUUGGAUGAGACAGAGAAAGCUCAACCUGAAGCAGAUGACUGGAACACUGAUUGGUCAGGAAUGGCAUCAUCCAAAAAGAAGGCCAGUGACAGAGGAGUGGGCCGGUCGUCGUCCUCCACGGCGGUGAAAAAGCAGAGCUCCGACUGGAGCAGCUCAGGCUGGGACGCCGAUGACAGCUGGUCCAACGAGAAGGAAGGGCAGGGACAGAGCUCUGCGGGCGAGGAAGGCUGGGGCAACGACUGGGGGGAGGAGGACACGGACACAACCUUGACCAAUUCAACGCUUCCCCUGCCCGAAGGGGUGCGGUUAGCCAGCGACUACAACUGGGACAGCAGCAACGCAGCCAUAGGGACCGGUCAGAAUGAUCUGUUCGCCAGCGUGUCCCAGAGAAACACAGCCAGCACUGCUGCCACCACGGCUGGAGAUAGUUGGAGUGCCGAGGUAACAGGAGACUGGGGAGCUGAGGAGAGCUGGGAGUCGGUGGAUGGGAACCAGGGUCUCAGCAAGGCCGAGCUUUCCAAGAAGAAACGGGAGGAGAGGAGGAAAGAGCUGGAGGCGAAACGGGCAGAGCGCAAAGCUGCUAAGGGCCCUCUCAAACUCGGCGCACGCAAGCUGGACUGAAGGGGAAGCAAAGAAAGAUUUAAGGGCGGGGAUGGAGAGGGAGGAACCUGGACAACAGACCCAGAACAGUGGAUGGAGGGUUGACAUUCCACAAACAAAGGACCAGAAAGAAGUGUUAGCAGUGAUGAAAAUACUGUGAGCAGUCGCUAUCAUGGAGGCGGCUUGUUGGUCAGUAGGUGACUUUCUGCUUCCGACAGACGGGUGACAAAGGAUGGCAGAACUGAAACAAACGCAGAGACAGAAAAAUGGAAGAGAAAAUCCAGAGAGAUGUGAAGCAGCACUUCCUGCAGCAGAGUUGUUCACACAAAAUGUCUCCCUCUGUUUUUUUUUUUUUAAUUACAUAACUCCAUAAAACUGCAGUUGUAAAGUAAAUGUAUAUAAAUGGUGCAUCUUGUCUUAAAAUGACAUGAAGAAAUGACACUUUUUUUAAAAAAUUGAGAAAUAUAUAUAACAGAACUCAAACAUGUAUUAUACUUAAUGUUUUUCAGUACACACACACACACACACACACACACGUAGUGGUUAUGAAUGUUUUAGUUCAGCUGUCACUAACUUACAGAUUUAAGACUUAAAAUCGAUCCAUGCAUGCACUUGUGUAUUUGUGUGGCCUGACGAAAGGUUUCAUGGCAAAGAACUACAGCUGUGUUGAGUUUACUUUGCACAUACAGCAUUAUACUGUAUUUUACUGUACUGAACUGGCCCGAACAGACAACAUGUUUGACUGGUAUCAUAAAUGUGUACAGGCACUGCAGACACACGAUGAGCACAUGAUAGAAAUAAUUAGUUAAACUGAGGCUGGAGAACUGGUUUUGAAGGGGAAAUCAGUUUAUGUGUUUACAUGCCUCUUCCUAUGUGUCCUAUGUGUGAUAGUGCUGUGGUGGAGGGGUAAUGAAAUCAGUGGAGUUUUAUUUUGAAAUCUUUUGAAGGUCAUGCAUUUGAACUUGUAUAAUCUUGCAGAUCUUACUGAAACCUUUUGAGAUCAUCUGAGGAAGUACAGUAUUGGGUGUGGUCAGGGUAAAGGGGUUCCCUAAACGUUCCUUUUACUCUUUUAUUUGUGCCUUUUUAUUUAAUUGCAGAUCUGCUCUGUAGGAUCACAUCCAAGAACUCUGAAAUGUCUCUCACCAGCAGAUUCUGUGUUUUCAUCAAACCUUUCAGUGUAACCAGAUAUCUGCUGUCUGUGUUGGAUGUCUUAUUGUUAGGUUUGGUGUAAGAUGCUGUAUAGAUAAACCCGGCUGACACAAUCAAUAGCCAUCACCACUGGAGCUAAUGUAAGGAACUAUGCUGUGUUGGUGGACUGGAUGCAACCUUUUAUAGAGAAUCCAACUCGUGUAGCAUGUGAGCUAUUCUAAAAAUAAAUGAUUCAAAUAAA